CACACCGCGCUCUUCCUCUCGCGAGGACGUCCGGGCGCCGGAAGUGCCCUGAGCGCGCGGCGGCGGGGCCGAGCGGAGGCCCGGGCGCGCGGCGGCGGGGAGAGGCAGGGGCCGCCUGGGCCGCCUGGGCAGCCGAGAGCUCCCGGCAGAGUCGCCCCCAUGUUGCGUUUUCCGACCUGUUUCCCGUCCUUCCGGGUGGUGGGCGAGAAGCAGCUGCCGCAGGAGAUCAUUUUCUUCGUCUGGUCACCCAAGCGGGACCUCAUUGCUUUGGCCAACACCGCGGGCGAGGUUUUACUUCAUCGACUUGCAAGUUUCCAUCGAGUCUGGAGUUUCCCCCCGAAUGAAAAUACAGGGAAGGAAGUGACCUGUCUGGCUUGGAGACCGGAUGGCAAACUUUUGGCCUUUGCUCUUGCUGACACCAAGAAGAUUGUCCUGUGCGAUGUGGAGAAGCCCGAGAGCUUGCACUCCUUCGCUGUGGAGGCCCCGGUGUCCUGCAUGCACUGGAUGGAGGUGACGGCGGAGAGCAGUGUUCUGACAUCCUUUUACAAUGCUGAAGAUGAAUCAAAUCUUCUCUUACCUAAACUACCUACCUUACCAAAAAAUUAUAGCAACACCUCAAAAAUAUUUAGUGAAGAAAAUUCUGAUGAAAUUAUUAAGCUUUUGGGAGAUGUCAGGCUUAAUAUUCUCGUCCUUGGAGGCAGCUCUGGUUUUAUUGAACUUUAUGCUUAUGGAAUGUUCAAAAUUGCUCGAGUCACAGGGAUUGUUGGUACUUGUCUCGCACUGUGUUUAUCAAGUGAUUUGAAAUCGUUAUCCGUGGUCACAGAAGUGUCUGCCUCUGGUGCUGCCGAAGUUUCGUACUUUCAGCUUGAAACCAAUCUGCUAUACUCUUUCUUACCUGAAGUAACUCGGAUGGCCAGAAAGUUUACUCACAUUUCAGCUCUGUUACAGUAUAUAAAUUUGUCACUAACAUGCAUGUGUGAAGCAUGGGAAGAAAUACUGAUGCAGAUGGAUUCUCGUCUCACCAAGUUUGUGCAGGAGAAGAACACGACCACGUCGGUGCAAGACGAGUUCAUGCACCUGCUGCUGUGGGGCAAAGCGAGUGCUGAACUGCAGACCCUCUUAAUGAACCAGUUAACAGUAAAGGGCUUAAAGAAGCUCGGCCAGUCUAUAGAGUCGUCCUACUCCAGCAUACAGAAACUGGUCAUAAGCCACUUGCAGAGUGGCUCGGAGUCUUUGUUGUACCAUUUGAGUGAGCUGAAAGGGAUGGCUUCAUGGAAGCAAAAGUAUGAGCCUCUUGGAUUAGAUGCUGCAGGGAUUGAAGAUGCUAUUACUGCUGUGGGCUCUUUCAUCCUCAAGGCAAACGAACUUCUUCAAGUUAUAGACAGUAGUAUGAAAAACUUCAAAGCAUUUUUUCGGUGGCUGUAUGUGGCGAUGCUGAGAAUGACAGAAGACCACGUGCUCCCUGAGCUGAACAAGAUGACUCAAAAAGAUAUCACAUUUGUUGCUGAAUUUCUUACUGAACAUUUCAAUGAGGCUCCAGACCUGUAUAAUCGGAAAGGAAAAUACUUCAAUGUUGAAAGAGUCGGCCAGUACUUGAAAGACGAAGAUGACGAUCUUGUGUCGCCCCCUAACACAGAGGGAAACCAGUGGUAUGACUUCCUUCAGAACAGCAGCCACCUGAAAGAAAGUCCUUUGCUGUUUCCUUAUUACCCCCGAAAAUCGCUGCACUUUGUGAAAAGGCGGAUGGAGAACAUCAUUGACCAGUGCUUACAGAAGCCCGCAGAUGUAAUUGGAAAAUCAAUGAAUCAAGCAAUCUGUAUUCCAUUGUAUAAAGAUACGAGAAGUGAGGACUCCGCGCGUAGGCUGUAUAAAUUCCCCUUCCUGUGGAAUAAUAAGACUUCAAAUCUACAUUAUCUUCUUUUCACUAUUUUAGAAGAUUCACUUUAUAAAAUGUGCAUCCUGAGGAGACCUACUGACAUUUCCCAAUCUGUAAGUAACGGACUAAUUGCCGUUAAAUUUGGGAGCUUCACAUAUGCCACAACUGAGAAAGUGAGAAGAAGCACCUACAGCUGCCUGGACGCACAGUUCUACGACGACGAGACUGUGACAGUGGUCCUUCGGGACGCUGUGGGGCGUGAAGGGAGGGACCGGCUCCUGGUCCAGUUGCCGCUGUCUUCAGUGUACAGCCGCGAGGACUGUGCCGAGUACCAGUUCACCGGGACGUACUCUGCGAGGCUAGAUGAGCAGCGCACUGCCAUCCCUACACGGACCAUGCAUUUCGAGAAGCACUGGAGAUUACUGGAAAGUAUGAAAGCCCAGUAUGUUGCUGGGAAUGGCUUUCGCAAAGUGUCCUGUGUGUUAAGCUCAAACCUCCGUCACGUGAGAGUGUUCGAGAUGGACAUAGACGACGAGUGGGAGCUGGACGAGUCCUCGGACGAGGACGAGGAGGCCGCCGCCAAGCCCGUGAAGAUCAAGGAGGAGGUGCUGUCCGAGUCGGAGGCCGAGAACCCGAGUGCCGACGCCGCCGACCUGGCCCCAGAGAUGGUCGUCAAAGUGGAGAAGCUGGACCCUGAGCUGGACCCCUAGUCUGGGUGUCACUGUGAUGGGUGUCCUCAUUGUGUCAGAGAGGACACAGGCGAUGGUGGAAAUGCCCCGAACCAUUUUUCAUUCCCUUUGUAUAACAAGGAAAUAAAGAGUAAAUUUUGUUCUCA